GUGAAGGAAGCCCAAAAAGAACCAUCGCGAAGCACCAUAUGUGCUGCUGGGUUGUUGCGCUGCUCGUUGUAGGUAUCCUCUCAUCCAUCUGGCGUCGGCCUCCCAUGUGGCAGCGCGUUUUGUCGGCCAGCCUCCUUAACGACAUGAAUGAGGGCUGAUCUACGCCAAGGGGUCUGAGUCAUGCAUACUAGUUUCAAAUUGGCUCCUUCUCUUGCCAUCCGUCUGCUCUCGUCGCCAGAGGAGCUGCACGAGGAUCUCGUCGAGGGCAGCCUUAAGACGCUGGGCAGCUUGAGGCUGGACCAGGGUGAGUGCGAGGCCCUGCGGAAGAAUCUCCGCAAUGGGCGACUCCUGGAGCGUGUGUUUGAUGCCUUCACUAAUAGCGGCAACACGGCCCGCCAGGACGACGCGGCAAACGUGCUGGCUAUAGGCACAGAGGCGGACCUCACUCACCACAUCAUCCCGGUGUGUGGGUCGCCUCAACGGUACAUCAGCAGGCUGGCCACACUGCUGACAGAGACCGACAAUGACACCGUUCCGGCCAUCGCCUUCGCGCUGCUGGUGGCCGCCAUGAUCAAGGGCCGGCAUGAGGGCAAUGCGGCCGACUAUCGAGACCAUUGUGUGCAGCACCACCCCGAAGUCUUCGGCAAGGCAGUGGCGCUUUCGGACAAGAUCCCCGGUGGGUGCAGCAAGUCGCGAUCGCCCGUCACCUUCCUGCUGUCGGCCUUUUCGACGGCACGUGCAUUCGGCCCGCCCUUCCCUGGCCCUUUUGUCGUGCCUCCCCUGGUGUGGGUGGGCGUGUUCCGGGUAGUCGUGCGCGUCGUGACGUGUGAGGACCAGGCAACUCGGGACGAGUUGUAAGCGACUAUAUAGAUGACACACAUGCUGCAGACACUUCAUGUAUGGCUGCUUCGCUUCAGUGCUAACUGUAUUCAGCACGCCACAGCAUUUGUCCGCCAGCACAUCCACUGCGUGACCGGCACAGGUAGUAAGCAAAGUCAGACAUACAGACAACCUCCCACCACUUUUCCGCCACUGACUCAUUGUCGUCAUUCGGCUGGUGCAGGGUCGGGUUCAGAAGCAGAGCGUGCUGCGUACCUGGCUGCCAUCCGUGAGGACCUCUACCCCCUCGUCGACACGUUGACGGCCACCCUGACAUCCUACGACGCAGACAAGGAGGUGCGCCACGGGGCUGCCGUCUGCCUCGAGUGCAUCUUCGCCUUCUGCUGCAAUUUCAAGAGUGACACACUCCCACAAGACAGACAGGCCCACUUCGAGUGUGGCCUCACUUGCUGAAUGCGUGUGUCCGUCCGUCCUUGGUGCAGAAGCCGAGUACUUCAGUGAUGCCGACGGGCCCGUCCAGCGUUUGAUGAGAGCGCCCAAUGCGCUGCAGGCGUACGUCGCGGCCGUCAAGAGCCCCACCAAUACCCUUGCAUCUACGAUAACGAGUACCACCUCUCCGAUUACCCUGGCUCUCCCGGAGAUGCUGGCCGGUGAGCGAAUCAAACGAGGGAAGUGAAUGAAUGCCUCCCUCCCUGUGGGUGUGCUGCAUGAAUGUCUGCAGCGAGUGGACAUCGUGAUGCCGUGUACUCUUCUGGAUGCAUCUCGAUGGCGUCGGAUAUUGUCAAGCGCCUCGACAAGCAGUCAAUGGCCGAGGUGGCCUACUAUGCGGCCUCUCUUCAGAACAUCGUCGGAAGAGACACAGACCUCUGGGUCGAAAUGGGCGCCAAGGUCAGCCCGGAUGGAUAAGUGGAUGGAUGGAUGACGCGUCCAUGGUCAUUGUGCGGUGCUCAUGUGCAGAUCGCUGUACGUGACGGCCUUCCCGUAGCCCUGUGUGACGUGGCCUUGGCCUGCAUCAAGAACGGUCAGCUCGACCAACAGGAGGCGGAUGACUUCAUAGACUUCGCCGUCAGAACCCUGCGCGUACUUGUCAGGUACGCAGACACACACACACACACACACACGCCUGUGGUGGGGGAUAAUGCAUGCGUGUGGAUGUCUUCUCGGUGCAGCUAUGGCGACCGAGUGAGCAGCAAGAGGGGCGGCGUCUUCCGUCCCAAUGGCGUCACCCAGGCCGUCCUGCAGCACAACUCGGUCAAGACGAUGCGCGCAGCCGAGGGGCAGCCGAAAGGACGACGAAAGGCAAACCGUCAGCAUCAGGAUCAGCUAGCAGUGCCCAAGAAGGUGGGAAAUGAUGCCCACAUGACGGCUCACACGGGCAGUGUCCAUCCAUUGUACGUGUUGUGUGUCAGUUGUUGGACUUGUUUGACGAGAUCGAGAGGGCGGCCAACGAGCGGGCCGAGAAGAUCAUCGCAGAGCUGGACAUUGAGGGCACACAGGAGGGGGCCGAGGACACCAACGACAGCAAGGGCGUCAAGAAGAGGUCCAAGGGCAAGAGGGGCGGCCAGGGAGCCUGUGCCAAGGAGUCGGCAUCACCAUCCAGGUGACCGCCAGAAAGGGAAAGAGCGCAUCCACGAAAAUGAAGGGGAUGCGUGUGUGCGUGUGUGCGUGUGUGUGUGUGUAUGUGUUUGUGUGCCGAUCGACAGCUGUGGUGCCAUCGGCACAUGCGAAGACCACAGCGAGCAGCCGGAUGAGGAUGCAGAAGACCAUCAUGGCCACCUUCCAGGUCCCCCCAGCCCGUCGCCCCCCUCCCCUCCCCGACCCUCAUGCUCAUACUCAUCGUCUGCAUCGGUGCCGUCGGCUGUGUCUGGUGGAAGCUCUGCUUCGGUGGGGGACGGCAGUGGGCAGCAGCAAGCAACGGCUGGUGGUGGUGGCGAUGAUGGCGGCGGGUUCAUCACCGUCGGCCGCAAGAAGAAGGGCGGCAAAGGCGGCAAUGCACUUCAGCAGCAGCAGCAGCAGCAGCAGACCAACACAGCUGACAAAGCAAACAACAAGUCAGUAAGGCCGACCAACACUCACUGAGGAGGGACAACUCCGGUGUGCUUGUGUGUUCAGCUCGGGAGUCUUCCCGUCUUCGUCUUCUUCCGAGUCGACGCGGCCAUCCUCAUCGCACUCGUCUGUGUCUGGCGGGCCCCACAAUGCGCCGCCUCUCUUCCCUCUGGCUCCACGCCCGGCCGUCCCGCCCCCCCAGCCUCCCAACCGACACACACCCACACCAGCACCAUCCAGUAGCCGUGGUGGCUCUGACGAGCAUGGCCUCGCCCCAUUGGCAGCCGGGGACAGUAGCAGUAGCUCGUUGGAGAGGGCGGUGGAGGUGGAGGGCCGCAGUGGUCAAGACAGGUACGUAUCGAUGGACAGAGCAGCCGAGGAAGACGGACAGACAGACAGACAGACAGACAACGGUCACUCUCCCUGCCCCUCCAUGUGUGGUUGCGUGAGCAGGUAUGGUGGGGAGGUUAGUGAGUUGGAUGCGCUGCGCAAGCAGCUCGAGGCCAUGCGGCUGGAGAAGGAGGCCAUAGAAAGGGAGAAGAAGCGGUACGUGAGGCGACGCCACACACCUGCAGUGCAGUGGUUGCAUGCCCCUCUUUCAUGGGCGUCUGAUGGAUGGGUGGUUUGCUCCCUGCAGGCUGGAGGAGGAGCGCGAGAGCACUGAGUGUGACAUCUGCAUGGCCUCAAAGAAGUCCAUCGUACUCAUUCCCUGCGUAAGCCAACCAACGCACAGGCACAACGACUCAACUUCCUCUCAGCCACCACGCCACGCGCUGCCCAAAUAUAUGUGUGUUUGAGUGUGUGGUGUGUAGCGUCACUUCUGUCUGUGCGGUGUGUGUGCGACGGCCUUGAUGUCCAAACCAGUGGCCGAGCGGCUGUGUCCGCGGUGCCGACAGGCCAUCACGGCCACACGACACGUCUACCUGUGAGUGCAGGGCCAUCGUGCUACGACGCACGAGAGACACAUGCUGGCGGCUGGAUGAGUGACACGCCUGUAGACGAGCCAUUGAUGUUGGGGGGCAGGUGUGGUGGGUGGGUGGGUGGCAGCUGUGUGUGCAUAGCAUAGAUGUGACUGACUGGCGGACUGGCUGACAGAGCGAGAGGCGUGUACAGACUUAUUUGCUUGCUUUUCCUGCAUAGCGCGCGACUGGCUCGGAUGCGGGACGGAGUUGAUGAAACAUGAGUCCGAUUCGCCGGGUCAUUCACACGAACACGAACACAAUUUGCGUUCUCACACUCAGUCGUGCCUGGUGUCCAACCCGUCGACUGCCUGCACAAGGCAUCCCACGUAUGAACAAAG